UCAAUGAAAGAAUUAAAGGAAAGAAGAAACAGCAGUAACAGCAGCAGAGAAAGAAAGGGUUGCUUUAAUGGCUAUGGCGGCGUGGCAGACCUGAAAAUUUUGGCUUCUUUAAUGUUCACGUACAACCACACAAUUGAACGACAGCUUCUUCUUUCUCUUCUUCAAACCAGAUUUUCGAAUUGAAGUAUAUCGGAUUUCAAUCAAACCCAGGAGUGAAAAGUCACAAAGCAUUUAUAUUAACACAAUUAUCUGUUUUUUCUGUAUUUAUCUUUAAUAAUUAAGCUAUCUAGAAAUAGGGUUAGGAGGGAGGACAUAAAUAAAGUUUAGGUUGGAUUUUCUUUUGCUAUGGAUUAUUGUGAGUCACAAUUGGUGUGUUGUAGGAGUACUUGUCAUCACAUAAGCUUAAAGCUGCUGCAGAAGCUAUGGCCGGCUUCUUCUCAUUAGGAUCUGCAACUUUCCAUAGCCAACAAGACCCUAUCUCUUCCACAAAUCUCCCUUCAAAUCCAACUCCUAAUUCUAAUCCUACUGAAUCCAGCAGCUGGUUCUUAUACGGUUCCACAAGAAGCACCCAUGACCGCCCUUCCACCACCACCACUACCAAAGAUUUCGAACUAUGGCAGCAACCCACCCAAGCUGAUGUUUCUCAUAAUUUGUUAGCUGGAGCUGCUUCUAUGGGUGGCGGUGGUGGUGGUGAUGGCAGGCUCAUAAAUUUCUCAGACGAAUCCACCUGGGGAUCUGCGGCUUUUGUUAUGAUGGGGCAUGGUGUCAUCGGCGGCGGAAGUAGUGGUGGUGGUGGUGUGAGCUGCCAGGAUUGUGGAAACCAGGCCAAGAAAGAUUGUCCUCAUAUGAGAUGUAGAACUUGUUGCAAGAGCAGAGGGUUCCAUUGCCAAACACACGUGAAAAGCACAUGGGUUCCGGCCGCCAAACGCCGGGAAAGGCAACAAUAUAGCUCCGGCACACAACAAGAUCAGAGCCGCCGUCGUGUUCAUCAAAACACCAAAAGAACAAGAUCAACCCAAGAUCAUGAUAACCCUAAUAUGCUUAAUCCGAUUACUGGUGCUAUUGCUUACAAUUCCUCAUCAGGGUUAGAGGUAGGUAAUUUCCCCUCAGAAGUGACAACACAAGCGAAUUUCAGAUGUGUAAGAGUGAGUUCGAUUGAUGAAACCGAUGACCAAUUUGCAUAUCAAGCUGCAGUGAACAUAGGAGGACAUUUGUUUAAAGGAAUUCUUUAUGAUCAAGGCCCUGAAGCGCAGUACAUGGGCGGAGACACCUCUUCCGGUGGCAGUGCCGGCGGAAUCCCACAACUAAAUCUCACAACCACCACCACCACCUCCCCUGGUAAUUCAACGGCGGCUGCAAAUUAUAUCGGGCACUCGCUAUACCCAUCUCUUGGUGGCAACGAUUACAUGAGCAGUACGCAAUUCUUCCAUCAAAUUUCAAGAGAUUAAUUAAUUAAACCAUCAAAUUAUUACGUAAUAAUUUCGACACACG